CUGGGUGAAUGUGUCCACAGCUCCGUGGCCGUUCUGAGGGACUGCACCAAGCACCAGAGUCUGGCUCGCUUCUUCCAGGAGCGACAGGCGACUCUGAACCACUCCUUGCCUCUGGAGACCUACCUGCUCAAACCAGUGCAGAGGAUCCUCAAGUACCACCUGCUGCUACAGGAACUUUCCAAGCACUUUGACAAGAGCGAACCUGGAUAUGAGGUGGUGGAGGACGCCAUCAUCACCAUGACGGCCGUGGCGUGGUACAUCAACGACAUGAAGAGGAAGCAGGAGCACGCGGUGCGGCUGCAGGAGAUCGAGUCCCUGCUGGUGAACUGGAGCGGGCCGGACCUGGGCGGCUUUGGGGAGCUUGUCCUGGAGGGUUCCUUUAAGGUCCACAGAGUCAAGAAAGAGAGAGCGUUCUUCCUGUUCGAUAAGAUGCUGCUGAUCGCCAAGAAGAAGCUGGAGCACUUUGUCUACAGCACGCACAUAUUCUGUUGCAACCUGCUGCUCGUAGAGUCUCUGAAGGAUCCGCUGUGCUUCAAGGUGUCAGACCAGACCAUCCCCAAACAGCAGCACAUGGUCCAGACGAAGAACCAGGAGGAGAAGAGGCUGUGGGUUCACUACCUCAAGAGACUGAUCGUAGAAAACCACCCUGCCUCGCUUCCACAGAAGGCAAGGCAGGUUCUGGGAGACAACUUCUGUCACUCUCCACAAUUUGAGCAGGACGACCUAAAGAAGAUGGUGGCGUCGCCUCGCCUAGACGAUGUGCACGGCUUCCACCGAGGCCGACGCCAGUCAAGUCAGGAGUCUUCAGAUCAGCUGAUCUACACACCAGACAAGUCCAGGAAGAGUCUGCCACUGUUGCUGGACGGAAACCUGUCUUACAGACGCACCAGGAGACAGUCAGCUCCAGCUAAAGACAUCGAGGCAGCGUUUCAUCCCAACGGUGAGAACAAGUCUUAAUCAAACGCUGACCAGCUCCAGACAUGUGUCAUGUUGUCUAUGUCAGUGACAUCACAGUAACAUGUCCAUCUC